AUGCUGCUCAGGCCGCUCGUCUCGCUGGCGCUUCUGGCGUCGACCGCCCUGGCUGUUCCGCUCGAGGCGCGCCAGACGGCCACCAACGGCACAAAGGUGGGCUAUCUCUUCACGUCGUUCCCCGUCGACGACGAGGCUAUCUACAUGCACCUCUCGGACGGCAACAAGGUCGUCAGCGGAUGGAAGCGUCUAUCGCGCGACGGCACCGCAAGCACCGAGGCCAUCCUCCGCUCGACGGUGGGAACGAGGGGCGUGCGCGACAGCUUCAUUGUCCCCUCGCAGGACGGCACAAAGUGGUGGAUGACGGCGACCGACCUCAACGGCAACGCAUUCGGCAACGACUUCAACGCCGCCAGCCGCAACGGGUCGCGCUCCAUGGUCAUCUGGGAGUCGAACGACCUGGCCAACUGGACCGGCCCGCGCCUAACGCCGCCCCUCGUCGACGAAUCGGCGGGCAACGCAUGGGCGCCCGAAGCCAACUGGGACCCGCUCGUGGGCGCCUACGUCGUCGUGUUUGCCUCGCGCUUCUUUGACCAGGCGACCGAUCCGGGCCACCUGGCCGACCCCAUCCCGCCCAACCGCCUCAUGUACGUCACCACGACCGACUUUGUCAGCUUCAGCGCCGCCCGUCGCUACAUCGACGUCGACUACCCUGUCAUCGACGCCACCUUUAUCCGCAACGAGGCCAAGGGCUCCAACGCCUGGGUGCGCUUCGUAAAGGACGAGCGCGACUACCGCAUCUACCAGGAGGAAUCCACCACGGGCCUACUUGGGACGUGGACGCGCGUGGGCGACGCUCCCCUCUCGGACCGCAUCACGUUCGCGUCGCAGUACUCGAACAACGAGGGCCCGCUCUGCUUCCGCGACAAUAUCGAUCCCUCCCUCUUUCACCUCUGGAUCGACGAAAACACCCAGAACAGGUACAUCCCCGCCAGCGCGCGCACCCUCGACGACAUGAAGGCCUGGCAGGCCGACGACCUCGCGGCCUUUCCACAGCGCGUCAAGCACGGAAAGGUGCUUGCCCUCAACCAGGAGCAGUACGACGCCAUCGCCGCAAAGUACCCCGUCGUCAAGGCCUAA